AUGUCAACGAACCGACCGCGACGCCUUGCGGCUCAAAAGGCUAUGUCAUCUUUUGCAAUGCCUGAGAGCGAUGAGGACAGUGUUCUCAGUUCAAAGAGUCAACAUUCAGACUUCAAUGCAUCGGAGGAAGCGUCUUCACCUUCGUCCACUUCUUCGAGUAGCCCUGAUUCUACUGAAUCUCCUUUGGAAGAUGCUGUUUCUGAAGAAAAUCACAGUCAAUUUAGACGACUAGACAGUGACACUCGUGGUCCAAAGUCCGGAUUAUCAGAGGUGUCCACAUUCCUGCAGAGACAGCGCAUGCUCUUCUCCCUAAACUCCUUGACACCUGUUCCCGAGAAUGAAUUGGCGAAGUAUAUGCCGGAGUCUUCGAAAAGUCCCACCAUGGUAUUCUUGGAUGAGCAAAAGAGGGUGGAGACGUCGCGUUUUUACUUUAAUCAAGCUCACAAUGUUCUCUACACGGGUGGCUAUGUGAAAUGCCUUUCCUGGUCGCCACCUUAUGUGGAUGAGAAAGGUGUUUCGUUAUCUUUUGUGCCGGGUUAUUUGGCCAUCGCCUCCCAUACCAACAUCGGUACUCGAGUUAAUCUAAGUGAUCCCAUCACUUCUGACUUCGGUCUUAUCCAUAUCUGGUCUUGCAACGACUUGACUCUCACUGCUAAACAAUCAUGCCCUCAGUUGAAGCCGCACUUUUUCCUCGCUCAUAACUGGGGUCAUGUGAUGGAUUUGCGAUGGUUGCCUGUGCCUGUUCAGUGCGCGAACCGUUCGGAUGAGUGCGAACUGACCCGUCUCCUGCCUUCGGUGAACAUGACUCCCAAGCAGAUCGCCCAGCUUAUUGAGGCCGUGGUGGGUCAUCUGGUUGCCGCCUGUACCGACGGAUUUGUUCGCGUUUUCCUAGUUCCUGCGGUGGACAAUCGGUUUAACUUGCCGGAGGAGUUUAAAGUGGUGCUCCCUACCAAAAUAUCAUUUGAUGGAGUGCCCCAAAACGUCUACCAGUUUAAACCAAAAACAGUGCUUCGAUUGGCACCUAGCACAGAUAUUCCCUCGUGGUUGGGGUGGCCAAACGUGCUUGCCAUACGAAGUGAUUUCCCACAUCGUCUUGUGGUCGGUUAUACAAGUGGUCACCUAGGUCUCUACAACCUUUCUACAUUGAAUACACACUUUGCAAAGUUGAAUGAUUGUCUCUUACGGCCGAUAAUUCUCACUCAUCUCAUUCCUGGACCCUUCACUUCUAUUGCUCUCCACCCGCUUUAUGAAGGCAUCGUUGUCGGACUUGGGCUGGACCGAGAGAUAAACGUGUGGGAUCUAGGAGAUCCGGGGUGUGUGCAAUGUGGUCUACCAGAACUCUCCUGGCCCACCCUACGCAUGGGCUGGGGCGGCUGCGUAGUGUGGCCGCGAGCCAGUGAUAGUAUCUGGGUUGGACGUGAGGAGUACCUCUUCCCCUUCUCCAAAAAGAGUACACCCGGAGGUGCUGUCACUCUGGCCAGCCUCAAGAAGCCCUCCGAUGUGCCCGCCCGCAUGCGCGCUUAUACCGCCUGGUUCCCCACCGUUUCCCCUAUCGACUGCUCCCGUUACUGCUUCGAGCGCGGAUUCGAAGCCACCACUUGUCUCGAUUACUCCGAUUCAUUUGGAUUCCUUAUACAAGGCGACGCAAACGGCCAGAUUAACUUCCAUUCCUGGGUGCUGGAUCCACGGCGCGUGAUGCGGGAGAAGACCCGUCUUGCAAUUCAAAAGAAACACCGAACAUAUCAGUGGAUUAUGCGAAAGCGGACCGGCACACGAGGGUGUGGCAAUGAGGCGUCGACAACCCGAAACUUCAUCGACGAGCACACCGCUCUUAACUUGAAUGCCCCCGAAGAGCCCUUUGAGGAGGAAAUUCGACAAGGCUGCGAGCUCUGUGGCGAAAGUGGACAGACCCUCUGUUGGCAUAAGGUGGAUCGGUAUUUCGAAUUCGUAUUCAGGGAAGGCGUGGGACUACAGAAGAGCAAAUAUGACUUCGUUAACUCUACUUUUUCCAGUAUAAGCAAGGUGGCCGUAUCGCCCAACCCCGGAUCGGCUAGUUGGAUAGCAGUGGGCACGGGGUUCGGUGUGGUGCAGCUGCUGUGUCACGAGCAGUUUUACCACCCUGGCAUGGACUCGGCCUUGGGGCGCACGCCGCUGCCCGGAGGGCCUGCAAAGGGCAGCUUCUUUGUGCCCUCAGGGGGCGCCGACACUGACCCCUCUUGCUCUGAUUCUGACCACUCCGACAGCGAAGCCACCGUCCCUUUUCGAAGGGUGGAUCAGUAA